AUGGUUUGCUCUGAUGCAUAUGUGUGCUACACCGUUUGCAGCUCAAACCCAAAGAAGAAGAUUUUCCAUAUUCCUUGGAUCUAUGUUCCUGUCCGGAAUGCCCUAGCAAUUUGGCAUCAGCUUACAAAAUAUGAGAUUUCUGAGCUGGCUAAACCCACAGUCAGCAUAAGGGAGAGAGGGCGAGUAGAAGAGAUCAUUCGCAACAUGCACCGAGCUGGACCUGGUGCAUUACAGGUGAUCUCUGAUUUUGACAUGACCCUAACAAGGUUUGCACACAAUGGGGUACGCUGUCCUACCACGCACAAUAUCUUGCACAACAGUACUCUCAUUAGUGAAGACUGUAAGACCAAGAUGGCAAACUUGUUGAGUACGUAUUACCCCAUAGAGAUUGACGACUCGAUGUCUGUGGAGGAGAAACUGCCCCUGAUGGUUGAAUGGUGGACUUGUGCCCAUGAUCUGCUGGUCAAGCAGAAGAUUAAGAAGGACGAGCUGGCUCAGGCAGUGAGGGAGUCAGAUGCCAUGCUGAGGGAAGGCUAUGACGUCUUCUUCCACACCCUGAAACAGCACCUCAUCCCACUGCUCAUCUUCUCUGCCGGGGUGGGUGACAUCCUAGAGGAGGUCAUCAGACACAACGGUGUCUUUCACCCAAACGUCCGAGUCAUCUCCAACUACAUGGACUUUGACGAGAGGGGUGUUUGUCAGGCAUUCAAAGGGCAAUUAAUCCACACCUUUAAUAAAAGGGAAGGGGCAAUGCUGAACCAUGAUCAGUUUCGGGAGCUGCAGGACCGGCCUAAUGUACUGUUGCUAGGAGACUCGCUUGGUGACCUCACGAUGGCUGACGGGGUGACAAACGCACAAAACGUCCUUCGCAUUGGAUACCUCAACGACAAGGUGGAGGACAGGAGAGAAGCCUACGUCAGCUCCUUUGACAUUGUGCUUGAGAAGGAUGAAUCUCUGGACGUGCCCAACGCUAUUCUCACUUACAUCACUGAGGGGAAAUGAAGCGCUUUGGGACACAACUGUACCUCCCACAAACGGGCGUUGUUCUUAUCACCUGAGCUGAGCUUAUCAGGAGACUCCUGACACACAGAUACAUCACGUGUCACAGAGGUGACUCUCAGG